AUGGUCAAGCUCCUGCUAGAAGUGUGCGCUGACCCAGAUCCUAAAGACCAUGAUGGUAGGACCACUCUGUCAUGGGCAGCAUCACCUGGUCCUGAGAUAGUGAUCAGACUCUUGCUGGAUCAUGGAGUUGAUCCAGAUCGCAAAGAUGAGCAAGGCCAGACUCCGUUGUUGUGGGCGGUGCUGGAUGGCCGUGCAACCACAGUGAAGCUUUUGCUUGAUAUUGGUGUUGACCUGAAUUUUAAAGAUCAGCAUGGAAGAACCCCUCUAUCUUGGGUGGUGUACUACCGCCGUGAUGUGGUAUAA